AGACAGAUGUCAGGCAAUAACUGCACUUUUGUGACAGAAUUUAUUAUUUUGGGGUUAACAGAUGAUCCAACCCUUCAUGUCAUCCUCUUUGUGAUAUUCCUAGGUGUCUAUGCUGUCACUGUGGUUGGUAACCUUAGCAUAAUCAUAUUAAUCAGAAAUAGCUCCCAACUUCACACUCCAAUGUACCUUUUCCUCAGUCACUUGGCUUUUGUGGAUAUUGGAUAUUCCUCAUCUGUCACACCUCUCAUGCUCAUCAACUUCCUUGCAGAUAAGACCUCAAUCCCUUUGGGAGGUUGUGUGGCCCAAUUUUGUUCUACAGCAAUCUUUGGGACUACUGAAUGCUUUCUGCUGGCUGUGAUGGCCUAUGAUCGAUAUGUGGCCAUCUGUAAUCCCUUACUCUACUCGAUCAACAUGUCUCCUAGGAUCUGCUCUCUGUUACUCAUCACAUCCUACAUGGCUGGUUGUAUGAAUGCUUGGAUCUUCACUGGUUGCUUAUUAAAUCGGUCCUUCUGUGGACCCAAUAAGAUCAAUCACUUUUUCUGUGAUUAUUCACCACUUUUGAAGCUUUCUACCUCCCAAGAUAAUCUUGCUGAAAUUCUUCCUGCUGCCUCUGCUGGGUCAAUAAUUAUGAUCACAGUGUUGGUUAUCAUAAUCUCUUAUGUAUGCAUCCUCUUCUCUGUCCUGAAGAUAAGCACCACUGAGGGGAGAUCCAAAGCUUUCUCAACUUGCACCUCCCACCUCACAACAGUCACUUUGCUCUAUGGGACUGGUACAUUCAAUUAUGUAUUGCCUAAGUCUAGCUACUCAAGUGAUGAGAAUAAAAUGGUGUCUGUUUUUUAUACUGUUAUGAUCCCCAUGUUGAACCCUCUGAUCUAUAGUCUAAGGAACAAUGAAGUAAAAAGUGCCCUAAAAAAACUAAUGAAUAGGAAACAUCUUUUUUCAUGA